AUGGAUAAUAUAAAAAAUUUAAAAAAAUAAUAAGCAGAACCACCCAUCAAUAAACUUGCUCUUUAACACUAUUAAUAAAGUUAGGUAAAGUGUUGAUCCUAUAAAUAAUUCAGAAUUUUAUUUAAAAUAAUUAAAUAGAUAAGGCUAUGGAAGAGAUUAAUAAAGCCUUAAAGAUUGAUCCAAAAUAUGUCGAUGCUUAUCAAAUGAGAGGUAUAAUUAAUUAAUAUAAAUUAUUAGGGUUAAUAUAAUUUAAAAGAGAUAAUAAACUUAAUGCCUUAGAUGAUAUGAAUAAAGCAAUAUUUCUUAACCCAAACUUAGUUUCUAGUUAUUAUCAUAGAGGUAUUAAUAAAAGUGAUCUAGCAACUAUUUAUUAAAAGAAUUAAAUGCUUAAUUCAGCAUUAGAUGAUUGUGAUAAAGCUAUAAAACUUAAUCCUGAAUAUGCUUUGGCUUACAGUAAAAAAGGUGAAUAAAACAAUUUAACUUAUUAGGAUCUUUAAUGAAAGAAAGUGGAAAGUUUGAUGAAGCUUUAGAAUUUUAUUAAAAAGCAAUAGACUUAGAUUAGUAAUGCAUAAAAGCUUAUUUAAAUAGAGGUAAAAAUUAAUAAAAUUAUAUAAAGCACUUUUAUUUAAAGAAAUAUAAUAACCUGAGAAAGCUCUUAAAGAUUAUAAUAAAGCAAUUGAGAUCAAUUAGAAAAAUGCAAAUGCAUAUUUUAAUAGAGGUUAUUAAAUAUAUAAAAUUAUAGGAGUCUUGUUAAAAGAUAUGGGAGAAUGGUAAUAGGCUUUAUUAGAUUAUGAUAAGGCAAUAGAAUUAAAUCCAAAAAAUACUACUGCUUAUUUAAAUAGAGGUAAUUUAAUAUAAUAAUAUAUAAAGGUGUUUUAUUAAGCAAUAUGAAUAGGAUAGAAAAAGCAUUAAAAGAUUAUGAUAAGGCAAUUGAAUUAAAUCCAGAUUAUACAAAAUCUUAUUUAAAUAGAGGUUUUUUGAUAUUUUUUUAAUUUGUAGCUCUUCUUUAUAAAGAUAUGGAUUAAAUUGAUAAAGCUCUAUAAGAUUGUAAUUCAAUGAUAAAGAUAAACAAGAAUGAUGGAAAUGCUUAUUUUUAUCGUGGUAAAAUAUAUAUAAUUAAUAAUAAUAAUAAGGAUUUUUGUAGGAUCAAAUGGAUUUGAUGGAAUAAGCACUUUCUGAUUAUAAUAAAGCAAUUGAUUUAAAUCCAUUGGAUUCAAGAGCAUAUCUGAAUAGAGGUAAUUUUAUUCUAAAUAAUAUAGGUCUAUUAUAUUGGAGAAUGAAUGAAUAGGAAAAAUCGUUAAAGGAUUGUUUAUCAGCAUUAGAAUUAUGUCCAAAUAAUCCACUUUAUCUAACCAUAAUAGGAGAUAUUUAUUAUUAAAAUUUAGAAUAUGAAAAGGUUCAUUACUAUUUCACCUAAGCAUCUAAAAUGAUUUAAGGAAUGCAACCAGAUGAUUAAGUUAAAUGGAAUUUAUCUGAUGGAAAUAUCAAUUUUAUAAAAAUAAAAUUAUAAAUAUUAUAAGAGAUAGAAAGUGAUAUAUUUAUAGCAAAAAGACAAAUAGAACUUUUACCAAAAAUAUCUUAAAAAGAUUAAGAUUAAGCGAAUAAAUAUUUUGAAUAAGUUGAAAGAAUUGAAAGAUCAGUUUCAGUUAUUGUUAAACCUAGCAAUGAAAACUAGAAACCAGAUACAUAAACAUAAAUGAUUAAAUAAUUCUAAGAAAUGUAAAAAUAAUUAAAAGAAUUAUAAUAAUAGAUGUUAAAAUAAAGUGAAGUUAUAAAUAAAAUAUAAAAUUUAGAUAAUUUUUAAAUCGAAUUUAUGAUGGAAGAUUUAAAAAAACCAAAUAAUAAUCAUUAAUACAUUUAUUAUAAAUCAUUAUUUUGGCGUUUAUAUUUCUAUUUGCAUGCCAUGUCGGAACUUUCAACUAAUUUAUUUUAAAUUAAUAAAGAUGCUGUUGUUGAAAGUAUUUCAGAAAAAAUGGUUGGUUUAUUACUAAAAACAUUUAAAGCUGGAUCUAAAACUGUAGAGUAAUUACCCAUCAUUGGAUAAGCUUUUAAUAUUAUUAAUUCUGCAUUAGAUUUUGGAGUAGAAUAUUAAAAGGAUGUUAAAUUUUAAAGAAGAAUAAUUAGUCUUACUAAUAUUAUGAAAAUAUUUGCAAUAACUCCCACUGAAUUAGAAAAAGAAGUUUAAUUUGCUGCUAUUGAAUUAAGUAAAUUAUAAGAACCUGGACUAAAGGAAAUCCCUAUUUCUAAAUUUACAUCUUUUGUAGAAAAGUUAUCUUUACUAGAAAGAGCUUCAGAAGAAUAUAGUAGAGAUCCAUAUUGGAAAAAGGGAAUAGAAGACUCUAUAAUUAUAUUAAAAUACUUAGAAGAAAAUAAUAAUAAUAUAAUAUAAGAAAAUUAGUUUAAAAAACUUAGAUAAAUAUUUAUUGAUGCUAUUUUGAAAAAUAAAAAUCUUAAUUCUGAUAUCAAAAAAAAUAAACAGAAUAUCAGUAAAGAUAAAGAUAAUAAUACAUGUAAUAUUCAAUGA